AGUAAAAAAGAUGUUGACUCUCGCAUCGCUGCGACUUUGGUGGCAGCAUCAGUGCGAACGUGACGGUCUACGCUGCUUUUUAGUUUUUGCGCGCUGUACGUAUUUUUGUCAUUUCCUAAAACGAAAGGUUGAGCCGGAUGAGGCUAAAGUACCAACAGAGGCCGUUUCUCCCGACAACAUGACUUAUCACAGAAAGCAAUCUUCCAAGGUUCCAUUUUACUUAGCUCCAGCAUUUCUACUUUUCUGGGUUGUACUCUUAUUUGCCGUUGUCAUACCCAUUUACUUGACACUUCCUGAAGGACUGACGCUGGAAAAUGAGAUCACAAAUCCUGGGCAAUUCAUAAGCGAGCGCGCAAAAAGCAUAGACAUCGAAUUUGGCCAAAUUGGACCAAAAGUGGUGGGAAGCAAUGCAAAUGAAAAUGUCACCGUGCAGUUUGUUUACGAUCGACUGGUAGAGAUUCAAAGUGUUAUGCUUGAUGAUCUGUUCGAAAUGGAUAUAGAUGUACAAGUGGCAUCCGGUGCUUUUAUCCAUUGGACUAUGGUGAAUAUGUAUCAGACGAUACAAAAUGUUGUUGUACGUUUCGGCGUGAAAAAUUCUACCAGCGAAUCGUAUCUAUUAAUUAAUAGUCAUUUCGAUUCAAAGCCGUUUAGCCCAGGUGCUGGCGAUGAUGGUGCUAUGGUUGUUAUAAUGCUCGAGGUACUACGCGUGCUCGCUACAACUCGCCAACCUUUCGAGUAUCCCAUUGUAUUUCUCUUUAAUGGCGCCGAAGAAAAUCCUCUACAGGCAUCACACGGUUUCAUUACACAACACAAGUGGGCCAAAUAUUGCAAGGCGGUAAUAAAUUUGGAUUCAUCGGGUAGCAGUGGUCGUGAAAUUCUCUUUCAGACUGGACCACAUAAUCCAUGGCUAGUAGACUUGUACGGUAGUAGCGUUAAACGUCCAUUUGCCACAACAUUCGCUGAAGAAUUAUUCCAAUCUGGUAUUAUACCUUCGGAUACUGAUUUUAGUAUAUUCAAAAGCUUCGGACAUAUACCUGGUCUGGACAUGGCACACAACUUCAAUGGCUAUGUAUACCAUACGAAGUUUGAUACCUCGGAUAUUAUACCUCGUGGAAACCUACAAAACACUGGCGAUAAUUUAUUGGGCUUGGUGCGUGCUUUUGGCAAUUGCACAGAAUUAAAAAAUCCUGCACUUUAUGCCGAGGGUAAUGCGGUCUUCUAUGAUAUCCUUGGAUUUUUCGCCAUCUACUACACCGAAGCUGCAGGCAAAAUUAUUAACACCAGCGUAUCAGUGGUUGCCUUGGUACUUGUGGUCAUUUCCAUGUGUCAUAUUGGAGCGAAUUCCUUUAUGUCCAUCGGUAACAUAUUGCGUCUCUUCGCACUGAUAUUUGUGCUACAUUUGCUGGGUUGGAUAUUGGCCAUCGUUUUGCCUCUACUUAUAGCCGUUAUCUUCGAUAAAUUCAACUAUUCCAUGACUUGGUUUACAAGUAAAUGGCUAAUUUUGGGCUUAUACGCCUGCCCAACACUUUUUGGAUUGUGCACACCCACACUACUCUACUUGAGCUUAAGUCGGAAUGACAAAGUAUCACAUCCGUUUCGCCUUCAGAUGGUCAAUCAUGCGCACACAUUAAUUCUGUGCAUAUUGUGUCUCGCGCUCACAUUCCUUGGCAUACGCAGCUCCUAUUUCCUAAUGAUUUCAGUACUCUUCUAUGCCAGCUCUUUGCUAAUAAAUUUACUUACGACGCUCAAUCGGCAAGGCUAUUACUGGUCCAUCUUCGUUAUGCUCAGUCAAAUUUUGCCCUUCCUCUACUUUGCCUACCUCUUCAAUGCCCUGUUGGUAGCUUUAAUACCGAUGAUGGGUCGCUUUGGUACAGCAACCAAUCCAGAUUUGGUUAUAGGAUUGCUAACUAUUUUGGCGAUUAUUCUGGCGAUGGGUUAUUUGAUACCAUUGCUAAAUAUUUUCAAUCAUCCCAAAACGGUUCUUCUUCUUCUGCCAACUGCAACAGUAAUUUUUGCUUUGCUCACACUGACAAGCUACGGUUUUCCCUACCGACCCAGCACCAAUGCUCAGCGAGUCGAUAUGCUUCAAGUGCAUCGAGUCUUCUAUGAGUACGACGGCUCCGUUAGCCUUAAUGAGUCUGGUUAUUACUUCAAUUUCCAAGACAGACGUAAACAUCUACCGCUUGUAUCUUACGUCGAUCUAGAGGGUUUAUAUUACGUCGCUGAGGACUGUGAAAAAUACAUGGUCUGCGGCCUACCCAUAUACGAUCACCGCUGGAUGAAAUCUCAUAAAUACGCCGCGUGGCUGCCACGUCAAGAGCCCGUUAAAUUGCCAGGCAAGGCAAUCCUUACACUCACCAACAAAACGGUGAAUGCCAGCACAGAAAGUGUGCGUUUCGAAUUCGAACUACAAGGCCCAUCGCAUAUGGGUAUUUUCAUACAACCAGUAAAAAAUGUAACGGUGAGCGGUUGGUCUUUCUUGACUGAAAUGCUGGAGGAACCGGAAACGUAUCCGCCACCAUACUUCAUCUACUUCUCAUAUGGCAAACUCAGCACACCACUGCAGUUUUACAUUGAUUUGCAGAAGAAUGGCACCGACUUUGAUGUACCGCUCAUGCAGCUGGGUAUUGGAGCGCAUUUUAUUUACUUGGAUUAUGAACGAGAUGCUGAGACUAAGGAAUUCAUUGCCACAUUCCCAAAUUUCACUUUUCUUAACCAGUGGCCCAGUUCUUAUGAACGUUAUAUAUUUUAAGUAUUGUGGUAUGAUGUGGUAAUUGAGGAGUAGUGCAAGUAUUUUCAGAAUAAAUGUUUAAGCUGAAGAGAAGCUAAAAAUACGACAA